AUGCAACUCAUCUCCUCCCUCGCUGCCUUUGCCGGUCUCGCUCUGGCCCAGAAUGCGGUAAUCGGACUACCUACCCCCAAUCAGACAGUCGCUUCUGGCAGAGAUAUCAUCGUUCAAAUGCAACGACCUGAUUCCUUGACUGGCUCGACAGAGAUGGCGGUCGCUAUUGGUCUUAUCUCUUGCCUCCAUCGAGUCUGUCAGCCUGCCAGCAACAUCAUGGGAACCAUUCUUUACAACGGGGUGUUUGACCCCGUGUACCACGAGGCCUACCUGCCACCUUACCAGAACUUCACUGUCACAGUUCCCUUUUCCUUUGCGGUAGGUCAGGCCCAGAUCAACGUGGCUCAUGCCACACUUAUCGGAGCUGGCCCGUAUCCUAAUCUGGAAACUCUCAAUCAGACUAUAAUCAUUUCCUAG